AUGAAUCGCGGAAGGGCACCUGCCCGGGGCACCCGGAGAGGAGCUGCGGCCGCUGGCCAACGCGCCCCAGCUGCCACUGGCGAGAGCAGCGCAGGCCCUUCAACUGCCCCAGCAGCUUCUACCGCAGCUUCGGGGACCGCGACUCCAGCCAUUCGAAGCGCAUCAACCCGCGGCGCCGCAGUUGCUCGAGCGACCAGAGGUGCCACCGUCGGUCGAUUUCGUCCCAAGAACAUUCGUCGAGAUGAGGCAGAACGAGAGGAGCUGGCUCGCCAGGAAGAGCAAAAGGCCCGUGAGAGAGAGGCAGAUGAGCGCAGAGCGAGAGGACGCUCACGGUUCAGGAGCAAGAGGAGUCGUGGUGAUGCCAUGGGCAGAGGUGGUUUCGGACGAAUAAUUUCCGGCGCCAGUGGCCCCUUCUCGUCGGGCGCAGCAGGCUCUUCCGGAGGCGGAGGCUGGUUCGGCGGGGGAGGAGGAGGAGGCAACUUUGGCGGCGGCGGCUUCGGACGAGGCUUCAAGUCAGAAUCCAAGCCUGGCUUUGCUCAGGCCGAUGGGUCACGGUUCCGCGAGGCACGAAUCAACGCCGAUAAGCUCCACGUUCACACACCAGAAGAGGAACUCGACAGCGAGGACGAAGCCAUGAUGAAUGUCCUAAGCACCCGCGCCCCCAGCGUCCUGCCCAUGGGCAUCUACCGAAAAGAACACAAGGAAGAAGGUGUUGUGGUGGCAACAACGGCCGAGCUCGAGGCUGCCGAAAAUGCACAGAAUGCGCCAGCUACGGCCGGCGAGGAGGAGAGUCUCUGGGUGGACGACGACGCAGGAGAGGCCCAGGCAGUCGAGCAAGGAGAAGAGGGUACCUGGACAGACUCAAAACCAAUCAUCAAAAAGGAACCAGGAGACGAUUCUAUCGAUAUGGAUAUUAAGGUUAAGCCAGCCGAGGAUAAGAAGCCAGCCGAUGAGGCACCAGCAGCCAAGCCCAAGUCCAAGAAGGCAACGGCUCAAGAGCUGGAAGACAAGUUCGCCGAUCUCGACCUAGCGCUUCUUCGCAGCGAACUCGGCUCUAUCGAGAUCACAGAGGGUGAGGGCGAGGACGGCAAGAAAGCGGCACCGAGCAACAAGGACGGCCGCUUGUAUCUCUUCCGAUUCCCUCCUAUCAUGCCCCCGUUGAAGCAGGUCGCUCAGCCCAAACCCGUCAGCAAGGUAAAGCCCGAACCCACCGAGGCUAAUGUCCUCGAAUCGACGCCAGCCGCUACUGACGCGAACCCCGUGGAUCUCACACUGGAGGAUCUGGUUUCAUCCGGUCUCAACAACGGUGCCGACGACCCGGAGAACAAGCAUGGCUUCAUGCCGAGCCUCAUGACACAGGGCGGCAUGAUAGGCCAGCUCAAGGUGCGCAAGUCGGGUCGCACGACCCUAGACUGGGGUGGUCUCCUACUUGACAUGGGCUCCAGCCCAGACCCGGGCUUCCUGACAACUGCCGUCAUCGUGGAGGAGAACGACGAGAAGCCCCGUCCCGGCGUCGUCGGAGGUGAGAGCUUUGGCAUGGGCAAGAUCAUGGGCCGGUUCGGUCUCGCCCCCUUCUGGGAUGAGGAGGAAGAUUGGGAAGUCUCUCCCGAGGACCUCAAGAUCACAUAA